AUGGUGGCGUGGACGACGACUCCGUGGACAUUGCCUAGUAAUCUUGCCCUUUGUUUACAUCCAGAUCUAGACUACGUUAUUGUGAAAGAUCCGUCGAAUGGCUUGGAAUAUGUUGUAUUGGAGGAACGUUUGUUCGAGCUGAAGAAUGAUAACUUAGAGGUCUUGGAGAAGGUGAAAGGUCGUUCCUUCGAAGGAAAAACAUACAAUCCACUGUUCCCAUAUUUCACCUACAUGAAAGCCGAGAAGAACGCAUUCCGCGUUCUUUGCAACACUUUUGUCACCACUGAUCAGGGUACUGGUAUUGUACAUCAAGCUCCAUAUUUUGGAGAAAUUGAUCACCAAACCUGCCUCGAAAAUGGAAUAAUCACAAAGGAUAUGAAGAUCAUAUGCCCUGUGGACGAAAGUGGCCGGUUCACUGAGGAAGUGAGCGAUUUCGCAGGAAUGUAUGUGAAAGAUGCUGAUAAGCUGAUUUGCAAGCGAUUGAAGGAGAGCGGAAAUCUUAUCAAACAAGGAGAAGUACUGAGAUUACCGGUCCCUAAUUUUGUAAAAGAGAAGCGCUUUGCAAACUGGUUACGAGAUGCCCGGGAUUGGGCAGUAUCUCGUAAUCGCUUUUGGGGAACUCCAAUUAAUUUGUGGGUGAGCGACGAUCUGGAAGAGAUUGUGUGUCCCUCGAGUAUAGCCGAACUUGAGCGACUCACUGGUACCAAAAUCACCGAUAUCCAUCGAGAAAGUGUCGACCAUCUCACCAUUCCUUCCAAGACAGGUCGUGGAGUUCUGAAGCGAGUUAGCGAGAACAAGAAAAUGUUUGAAGAUAACUUCCCGGCUGAUUUCAUUGCUGAAGGAAUCGAUCAGACGCGAGGAUGGUUCUAUACACUUCUCGUACUAUCCACUGCUCUCUUCAAUAAGCCACCAUUCAAGAACCUCAUUUGCAAUGGACUUGUGCUUGCCUCUGAUGGCAACAAGAUGUCCAAGCGUAAGAAGAAUUAUCCAGACCCGAUUGAAGUUGUACAAAAAUACGGUGCAGACGCACUCCGCCUGUAUCUUAUCAACUCCCCUGUGGUACGGGGAGAGAAUCUCCGUUUCAGAGAGGAAGGAGUGCGUGAUUUGCUGAAAGAUGUUUUCUUGCCGUGGUUCAACGCAUUCCGAUUUUUCGUGCAAAACGUUCAACUUUACGAACAUGGUAGUGGGAAAGUAUUCUCGAUGAAAGAAAUGAAGAGCGAAAAUGUAAUGGAUAGGUGGAUUGAAUCGUUUACCAACAGUUUGGUGCGGUUUGUCCGCAAGGAGAUGGCCGAAUACCGGCUUUAUGCGGUGGUAACUCCUCUUACGAGGUUCUUCGACACAUUAACUAACUUGCUACAUCCGUUUGAACCGAAAGAAUAA